AUUUGGGUUGCGGAAUCGUGUUGCAUAAGCCUUUUCUUGUGCAAGACAAACGUUACAGCAGACGGAAUUUCCAGCUGAAUUUUCCUUCGUGAAAAUGGCGUCCACGUGUUUGCGAGUAUCGCAGGGCCUAAUUCCUAGUUUUCGUGGAAUUGUUAGGAGAAAGUAUUUGAGCGCCAAUUCUGUCGGUGCUCUUAGAAGUGUGUCUACCUCGGCUGACGAGAAAACUGCACCUCCACCAGCUGAACCAUCAGUGAAUGAAAAAAAAUUAUCAUCUGAAAUAGAAAGUCUCAGCAAAGAUGUGGAAACCUUUAAAGAAAAAAUUAGUGAUCUUGAUGACAAGUACAAGCGCUCACUGGCAGAUACUGAGAACAUGAGAAAAAGACUCACAAAACAAAUUGAAGAUGCCAAAUUAUUUGGAAUCCAGGGUUUCUGCAAAGAUCUCUUGACAGUUUCAGACAUUCUUCAAAAAGCCACUGAAUGUGUCCCUGCUGAAGAACUUAAAACCAACAGUUCGUUGAAAAACCUUUAUGAGGGUCUCACUAUGACGGAGGCUGAGCUCCAGAAAGUAUUCAAACGUCAUGGCUUAGUUCCAGUUAGUCCACUUGGGGAGAAAUUCAACCCGAAUCAUCACGAAGCUUUAUUUGAGCAGCCGGUAGAGGGGAAAGAACCAGGAACGGUGAUAGCAGUUACCAAAAUCGGCUACAAACUUCACGAACGUAUCGUUCGACCAGCGAUGGUAGGAGUGGCCAAGUGAAUGCUCGACGACAUUGUAUAAAUACUUCUACUUGGAUGGCAGAAUAAUCCCAAAUCAUUCAGUUUGUGCGAACUCCGGGUAAAUGCAAACUAAAUUUUCCAUUAUAUGGUGGCAUGAACUUGGGUUGAUCUUACAAGAAGUUUCGCAUAGACUGAGUGAUUUGACCACUCUUAUUCAUAGCUUAGUUUAUUCGGCAUGUUGCCGAGAAUCCACAAGAAGAAUAAAACAAAGCUCUUUUUAAUAGUCAAAGAA